GUCUCGCGAUCUGUAGCAGGCGUUGUCGGCGAGGUCGUUCACUCUACUUGGUCGCAGCGUGCAGUCGAGGUUCGCAUUUGAUCGACUCCGCUAUUUCUACACCUGCGCCACCACCCGGUCGUGAUUGAGUCAGUUUUUGGAUCUUGAAAUUUUCACAUUGCAAUGGGUAUUGAUAUCUACUACACCCCAGGCAGCCCUCCCAGCCGAAGCGUGGUGUUGGCAGCCAAAGCUUUGGGAGUCGAUGCCAAUCUGAAACUGCUUGACCUCAUGAAGGGGGAGCACCUCAAACCUGAAUAUCUCAAAAUUAACCCACAACACCUUGUCCCAGCUCUUGAUGACAAUGGAUUUGCUGUCACUGAAAGCCGAGCUAUCAUUACGUACUUGGCAGAAAAGUACGGUAAGGACGACUCGCUGUACCCCAAGGAUGUACAGAAGAGAGCUUCUGUCAACCAAAGACUGUACUUUGAUGCCACAACAAUCUACCAGGCAUUCGCAGACUUAUAUUACCCUAUUAUGUUUGGUGGAGCUCCCUUUGACAAUGAAAAGAAGAAGAAGCUCGAUGAUGCAUUUGGUUACCUGGACUUGUUUCUGAAAGACGGAAAGUGGGUGGCUGGAGACAAUCUUACUUUGGCAGACAUCGCUCUGGUGGCUACCGUCUCUUCCGCUGAGGGUGUAGGCUUCGAGGUGAGCAAGUACCCCAACGUUGCCAAGUGGCUGGCCAAGGCCAAAACCACAGUUCCCGGAUAUGCAGAACUCAAUGAGCCAGGUGUGCAGAAACUGAAGGCCAUUUAUGAAGCAUCGAAGAAGUCAUAAUCAACUACUUUUUUAUAAAAUUCAUCAUUUUUUUAUUAAGGUUACAAGUUUUAGUCUAUAGAAAAAACUAUAUCUUCUUUGUUAAAACAUGUGAUACAUUUAUAUAAAGACGUUUUUAUGAUUA